AUGGCGGGGAUGGGUUUGUUAGAACACAAAGCCUCUGCUUCGUGGAAAACGGAACGUAAGAGAAUUUUUGAAAGAAAGAAAUUUGAUAUUAACGAAAAAGUCGAGAAUUGGGUUUUGUUUAAUGAUGAAAGCUUGCUUUUAAUCAGUGUUAUUAGAGCUGCAUUCUGCUGCUUAAUUGUUUACCUGAUUAACAAUGCGAAGAUAAGCACUGUUUGGGGUCUGUUUGGUUGCCAUGCAAUGUUAAUAGUGAGGAGUGUUGAAGAAGGGUUUCAAGGUUCAUGGCAUCAAGGAAGUGUUAUUUCAUGGAAUAAGCGAGAGUGUCACGUCAAGUAUGAUCAUCUUCUUCUUGAUGAUGGUUCUGAUAAGCUCGUCGACAUUGUGAGUGUUUCUGCUGUAACAAAUGUUUUUGCUUGUUCAUGUGAGACUCACUAUAACUAUCGAGGGACUAUAAGGCAAUUGCCACCUGAACUAGAGUUCUGCAAAUGGAACCUUUGCUACGGGCUCUGCGUUGAUGUAUUGUAUAAUGAUGCUUGGUGGGAAGGUGUGAUUUUGGACCAUGAAGUUGGUUCAGAGAAGAGGAGAGUUUUCUUCCCUGAUUUGGGUGAUGAAAUGACUGCUGAAAUUGGCAACUUACGAAUUACUCAAGAUUGGAACGACUUCGAAGAGGAGUGGCAAAAACGUGGAACCUGGUUGUUUCUUGAGUUGAUUGAACAAUACGGGAAAGAAUGGUUUCUUUCUUUUUCUGUACAACAAUUUUGGUACGAUUUACGAGAGAGAAAGGAUUUUCAAAAUGUUGGAGAGUGGACAUUUUCUUGUGAGUCUCUGUGGAAAGAAUUGGUGCUAGAAGUAAUAAAAGAUAACCAUAAAAUCACUGCGGAUCAUUUUGUCAAGGUAUUAGGCCUUCCUGCUUUCUCCCAACCAGAAACCAAAUCAGAAGAGGAGCCUGUUAUACCGGAUGCAGAUGUUUAUAUGAGUACUGAUGCAAAUUUAGGUGACACUUUUGCUCUUGUACCAGUUAAGAAUCACGUUAACAGUUCUUUGUUGAGUCCAGACACAGUUAGAACUCCAUCAAUUCAAAGGAAAUCAAGUUCCGGUCAGCUGAUGCAUUUUUUCAAGGAUGAUAACAGUGUUUUGCCCAAAACCUGUGUUGAUAAAGCUGUCUGUAGUUCACCUGAGGCUUUGUUGAUCUCACCCUCUGUUGUAGGUGGAAUUUCCAGCAUCUGUUCUGUAGCUAGCAAUGAAGGGAUUUCCGGCACUGAUAUAGAUACAACUGAAAGGAGGGCUAAACAUUCAGGGCCCAAUGUAACUGCAACAUGGAUGCCUCCUGACCCCGAGCUUCUUCCUAAAGCUGAGUCAUGCCCUGAUGCCAUUACCAAAUAUGUUCUUGCUAGUAAGGAGCGUGAUAAUUCUCUGAUAGCUGAUGUUAGGAAGCAUCUUCUGUAUCAAGGAUGGAAAAUGGAGACCAAGCAAGACGGAAAAAUCCUCAGGUGGAGAUACUUCUCACCAGCUGGGCGUUGUUAUUACUCUCUUCAUGAGAUCUGUUUAGCUCUGACAGAUCGCUCCAGAAAGCAAAUUUGUUCAAACCCCAAAGAUGUACAACAUCUAGGUAUUGUUGAACCAAACAUCAAGGGAGUACAUUUUAUUGAACCAGAAUAUUGUCCUCAAGCUGUUUUGGACUGGUCUAAGGCUGAAUUGGAUGAGAUUCGCAGAUGCAAGGGAAGUGAUAUGACACUAAAGAGGAAGGAUGUACCAGUCACUUCGGGAAGCCUGCAAAAACUGUAUAAAAAAGGCGGACUUUCUCAAACUGAUGCCUCUCCCUCUAGUCCAGUGGAAAAAAAUUAUGCUGUUGAGGAGAUUGAUUGUCAGUUAGUGAGUGAAAAGCUUUCUUCUACACUUGCUAUUGUGGAUAUCCAGAGAAGUUGGAUGCCAUCAAAUAAUGAAUCUGCAAACUGGUCCAAGAAGUGUUAUUCGAGAUUUGAGAGAAGAAAUGUCGUUGAGCAAAGUAGGGUCAUUCAAAAGCCUAAAAGGAAGAGAAGAGAUAGUUUGUCAUAUCUUGCAUUUGACUUAAAAAAAAGGCGAGCUGACUUACCUGUUAAAUACACUAGCAUCUCAAGAUUGAAAGGUGGAAAGUUACCUGCGGCACUGAUCAAACUAAGAGAGAAUCUUAAAGGUAGUCAACAUAACCGUGUGCUACAAUCAACCAAAAGAGUGCAGCAGAUUGUAACUCCUAGUUCAUUGCAUCAAAAUCCACGAACUGUUCUGUCUUGGUUAAUAGAUAAAAAUAUUGUUUUGCCAAGGUCAAAAGUACAUUACUGGAGGAAGAAGCAGAGGUUGAAAGCUGAAGGGAGGAUAACUCGUAAUGGAAUUAUGUGCAAAUGUUGUGGCAAGGUAUACACUCUUGGUAGUUUUGUAUCACAUGGCGGUGGUGACCACCAGAGACCAGCUGCCAAGAUCUUCUUGGAAGAUGGCAGGUCUCUAUUGGACUGCCAGAUGCAAGUAAUUCAAAAUAGUAGAGUGAAGUUUGGAAAAAAGAAGAAUUCCCAGUUGACCUGCAAUUGCCGAAUGGACCAGAAUGAUGAAAUUUGUUCUGUUUGUCAGUAUGGGGGUGAACUAAUUUUAUGUGAUCAAUGUCCAUCCUCAUUCCAUAAAAACUGCCUUGAUUUAAAGACAGUUCCAGAAGGUGAUUGGUUCUGUCCAUCAUGUUGCUGUGGGAUUUGUGGUCAAAGCAAGCUUAAAGAUGGUGCAAGUAUAGUGGAUGACAGACUUUUCACUUGUGCUCAGUGUGCACAUAAAUAUCAUGUUGGCUGCAUAUGCAGUGCAGGGGCAGAUAGGUUGGAAAUGUGUGCAAAAGAAAAUUGGUUUUGCAGUAAAAAGUGUGAAGAGAUAUCUUUGGGCCUUAAUAAGCUUUUAGGGAGACCAAUUCCUGUUGGAACAGACAAUCUAACAUGGACAUUAAUUAAAUCUGUGCAGCCGGAGAGUCAUGAUCCUGGUGCUUCAUAUAAUGAAACUAUGGUUGAGAAUUAUAGCAAACUUAGCAUUGCGCUUGAAGUGAUGCAUGAGUGUUUUGAGCCUGUCAAAGAAUCUCGUACAGGAAGAGAUCUUGUUGCAGAUAUUAUAUUCAGUAGAAGCUCAGAACUUAACCGCCUGAACUUCCAAGGCUUCUACACAAUACUUCUGGAAAGACAUGAUGAACUCAUUACUGUUGCCAAUAUCAGGGUUCAUGGAGAAAAGGUGGACGAAAUGCCUUUGAUUGGUACCAGGUUUCAACAUAGGCGACUUGGAAUGUGCAGCAUUUUGAUGAACAAACUUGAAAGGAUGCUCAUGGAAUUAGGAGUGGAGAGGCUGAUACUACCUGCUGUCCCUGAUGUGCUGCGCACAUGGACCGACUCGUUUGGAUUUUCAGAGAUGACGCCAUCUGAUAGAUUAGAGUUUGUAGAUUAUACAUUUUUAGAUUUCCAAGGUGCUACCAUGUGCCAGAAGCUUUUGCUUAAGAGGCCUUUACCAGAAUCAAGCUUAUCAAUUGGAUCCCAGUUUGGACUUCAUAGUGAUGCAUUUGAAAGCAGUGAUAAUGUCAAUGACGAUGAGUCUGAUUCAGUCUGUGAAGUAUCCCAAGCAAGACAAAUCAGUGAAAACAAAAUUAUGGGUGAAGGACUACUGGAGUUUGAUACAGUAGGAGGGAUUAGUAGCAGUCAAAGCGAUGUUCAGAUUUUCGUUGCGGUACUUUUAACGACUCCAAAGCAUUUUAUCAUUCCUUCAUCAACACCAUCUUUCAUUUCAUUUUUCCUUUCUGAUCCACAUUUUCUCUUUCUUGUAAACCAACCUACACAAAGUGAGGCUCCUAUCAAUCCAGAGUGCUUAGCCGAGGAUACCGGUUUGAAGAAAAGAAAGAGCAUUCCUAGCAAUUUUAACAGGCUGUGUAAGCGCAGGGAGAUAUGUUGUUGGGUGACAAGAAGCAUUAUAUCUUGUAGAAGUAUAAAUGCCAUUAAGCAUCAUAAAACUACUCAAACUAAUGAAUUAUAUGUUGAUGAGGCUUUCCGUCCCAACACGGGUGCAGCCGCUAUUGGCAUUAUUGCUCGAGACCAGCACGGAAUGAUGAUGGGAGGGAUGGCUAGGCGGAUGGAUGGACCGCACUCGAUUGAGGCUAUCAGCUUCACGAAAGGACUGCACACGGCGGCUAAGAAUUAG